ACGACGCAUAGGGCAUCAAGGGGGUUUGUUGGUGAUAUAUAGAUGUCUACUCUGUUCCAAACAUAUUCACAUUGCUGUUUUCCAAAACUUUGAUCAUCAUUCUAUCCAUCUCAUCUUUCAAGUACCGAGAGAUACUUCCUGUACCCGACCAUCUUGAACGAAAACAGCCUUUUUAUUUGCCGCAUUUCGCCACCAGGAGAUAAAAAACAAGAAUCCCAACGCGUGAACGGACUUCUUGUAACGUAGCAUCGGUACCAUCGACAAGACCACGACAGCUACAAUACUCCGACUUUCAAUUUUCGAGUCUUUUUGGUUCUUUACAGAGUAAAAGAACCUCGAGAUCAACAAGAAAAGAAUCUCGGUCUCUGCCCCUUUCUCAGUGCAACCCUUUUCGCCAUCAACCACCACCACCAAACAACAAAUCAAAUCAAAUCACGAUGCGCUCAUUCGUGUCUCUCUCCUUUGGCGUUGCCAUCAUUUCAUCUCUUUCCACGAUGGUCAUCGCCAGUCCGGCGCCCAUGCCCCAAGAAGGAGGAUCACCAGAGACUUCGACCGUGCCGGGUGUAUCACAAAUCUCAGACGGUCAGAUCCAAGCAACCGCAACCACCAUGUCUUCUUACGAGAACCCUUUCACCAUGUACACGACAGAGACCAACUCUUUGGGGGUCAUCACGGGUAUGCCGUCGGUGGUGACGUCUCAACCGUCGGUGGUGACGAGCCAGCCUGCCUCGCCUACCCUGCCGAGUUACUCGGGCUACGUCUACGCCAACAGCACCUCGGCAUCAUCCCAAACGACAAUGACGGGAGGACAAAACACCACGUUGACGGGAUCGAUGUCGGCCACGACCAUGGCGACGAGUACCGCCAGCGGUAGCGGCAGCGGUGGUGCAUCGUCAGCCUCGCCGACUUUUGCCCAGGCUACCGGAGGUGCCGUGUCGAACAAGGUCGCCGGUGCCGGCAUCGGCUUGGUCGUCAUGGGCUUGGGUUUCUCAUUGCUAUAACGGAGUCUCAAGUGAUGUCUCGAGUUGUCAAUGGGCUUUUGAAAACAAAUGCUCAAUGUUUUCACGGAGUAUUAUGAAUUGAAAUGCAAGCAUGAAAAACUCGGAAUGAUACCAGGCGUUCAGGAACCAAGAAUGAAAUGGAAUGGCAUCACAAGGCUCCUCAUUGGGUCCUUUAGUUUGGAGGGAAUCAAAGGAAUCUGGCAUUUUGAAAAAGCGAAGGAGUCAUCAAUAUGGGCAAGGGGCAAUGGGUUUAACUUGUCAUGUCCGGAAGUGCUCCGAUAUGAUAGAAAAUAUGUGGAUUAGUUGUAAUAGAUAGAGGCAUGAUCAACCAACGAAUUGAUUGCUUAAAGAACUCAACACA